CUGUCACCUCAAGCGCCGCCUCCCCCUUGUACCCCUCGGACGAAGAUGAGUAACCAGCAGCUAGGAUUGCUAAAUCAUGGCAACAUUUAUGGAAAGACUUGCUUUUCUUCAGAAAGUCCCGACUCUGAUGAAGGCUACUGCAGAUGAGGAGAACCCCUGUCCUGGAUACCUUUUCCAAGAUAUUGGAAAAAUCUCCCACGAGUCCACAGGAUGCGCUCAGUGUUUGUUGGAGUAUCUUCUGGAGAGGCUGCAGGUGGACUCCUGUCAUGUCAAGCUUAAGGUGCUGAAGAUCUUUGUCCAUCUUUGUGGUCAUGGCUCAAACCAUUUCCUCACAGAACUUCGAAGGAACUCCACCUUCAUCCAGCAGGCGUCAGUUUACAGCGGCCCUCCUGAUCCCAUCCACGGCACAGCAUUGUACCAGAAAGUGAGAAACACAGCACAGGAAGUGGCCAGGUUGCUGUUCACAGAUCCAAUUUCCACCAAAGGCAACGUCCCCCAGCUCAACCUAGCCCUCCCAACGAUGGGUAUGGGCUCAGCAACUUCCCACAGGUCAGGAAUGCAGGGCUUUGGAUACAGUCCAGGGAAGCAGGGUACAGCAGGCAGUGACUCACUGCUGGAUAAGAUCCAGAAAGCUGCAGAGGUGAUGGCCAGCGCUGUCCUCCCCCCAACUGAGCACCAAGGCAUCCGUCUCCAUGACAACCAUUACCGGGCAGUAGCCGCGCCCUCUACGCCCAUAGAGGUGGCCGUGCCUGCGUGUGCCUAUAACCUGCCGGCUCACACACCAAAAGCAUUGACCCAGCGGUGCCCGGGGCAGGUGGGAGGCGGCUGGGAAGAGACGGACAGCGGCAACAGCUCCUCUCACAACUCCUCUCAGGAUAUGGCGGCUAACAGCAGGACCUCUGUGGGCAGCAAGUCCGCUGAUACCGGGAGCCACUCGGGAGCCAGCAGAGAGAGCAGUGGCGACCUAUCAGAGCGGGUGGAAGCCUUGCAGUUGGGCGACUGUGGCCAGGAGAUGGCACUCAUCAGCAAACUGACUGAAGGCUCCAGAGUUUUCCUGUCCAGAGAUGAGAGUCAGCACUUCAUCAAAGAGUGCUCCAUUCUCAACUGUGAGGUUGUGGUGGAGCUGCUCUCAAGCAAGCUUCAAGAUCCCUCGAACACCGUGAAGAUGCGAGCACUGUGUGCGGAAUCAUGCCUCAUGACCUCUGACCUCCUCUCCCUUGAACAAAUGUUUGGCGCGACACAGCGACGGCUCCGGCAGCUGAGCGAGGGGGCUCCAGGACCCGUGGCCAACAAAGCCACCAAGAUCCUGCGGCAGUUCGAGGCUCUGAUGGGUGGAUCUGUGCACGCUCUGAGGCAGGAUGCAGCGACCAGCAGCCAUCAGGUUCAUCAGCUUCCAGCAGCUACAUACUUCGACCCUUUACUACCAACCCAGUCUGCUGACAACACCAACACCAACCUCAACCAUCACCAGCCUGACGUCUCACACACAGGUGUCCCCCAACCACCAUCUCCCCCUUCUACUCUGGCCUCCUUGGCCCAGAGAGACUCCUCGGGGGAGCUGACGAAUGACUGCGAUGAGGAGAAACUUUCUCCCAUUCUGCACGAGUCAAAGCAAAACCAGGUGGAGCCAGUCAGGACUGCUGAGGUUCGAUUGGUUGCUGAAGAAUCGGAGCUUAACACAGAGGGGAGCUCUUCCCCUCCAGCUGAGCCGCCCAGUGAGCCGCCCUGUCUGAGCAGACUGUCGCUGUUCAGCGGCAUGGAGCUGGUGACUAAAGGGAGGCCUCUGUGUAAGAGAGACUCAUCCCAGACAGAGACGGACAUGAUGGGCGACAGCUUAAGGGAGAAUCUAACUGUGCAUAACAGCAUCUGCAUUAGUAAAACCAGAGCUCCUUUAAUUUACACUUCCGUCGCAUGUGAUGGCAGCCAACCAGUAUCGGCCUUCUCAUUUCUUAACUUUUGACCACUGGCCCACUUUUUACAGCUGGAUCGAUCCCAGUUAAGCCAAUGAUGUCGACAUGUUUAGAAAUCUAAUUGUAUGAACCAAGAUCAGAUCUGUACGCUUAUAACUACGUAUAGACGGCAGAUUCACAUUAUGUUUAAGGAUUUUCUGUUCUUAUCUAUAUGGUGCCUCCUUGUAUUUUAAGCAGCAGAUUGGGCUGAGACGGAUGUGGGACACUUUGAGUGAGUGCAAUCCACAGUUGGCAUGAGAAACCCCUCAACGGUUAUACAUGAGGACUUUGCUAUAAGCUGUUUGCUGGCUGAGGUCUAAUUUCUAAAAGUAUUUACCAAGAAUGCUUGAAUUACAGGUUGUUAUUGACAGUUGCUUUAUCUCAGGAUUCCUUUUAGCUAACUAAGAGCUCUUACGCCUCUGAGGGAGAACGCCCUCGAUUUGUAAUUUGCACAAUUGCUUUUCUUAUGGACUCAUAAACCUGCAAGAGAGUUGUCUUCCAUAUUUUUUGGUACUAAACUAUCGUCAGUGUAAAUGUUAUAAGUGAUAGUUUACAAAUGAUUUACCCCGUCUACCCUGUAUUGAUUAAAACCCUGAGAGUGCAUGUAAAGACUAA